AUGGAGGAAGACUCGAGCCAAUUUGCAGAAGAAACAACCCACAACAUGGAAGGACAAGAAGAUGAAGAGGAAAGAGACCCAGAGAGCAAUACCUUACACCAGCCACUCCUCAAAAGAAGCCGAACACUUUCCUCCACUCCACUAGCCAUGGUUGGAGCAAAGGUUUCUUAUAUUGAGAGCUUGGAUUACGAGAUCAAUGAGAAUGAUCUCUUCAGGCAUGAUUGGAGAAGCAGAACAAAAUCCCAAGUGUUGCAGUAUAUAUUCUUGAAAUGGACACUGGCAUUCCUUGUUGGGCUUCUAACUGGUAUUAUUGCCACCCUUAUCAAUCUUGCAAUUGAGAAUAUUGCAGGCUACAAGCUUCUCGCGGUGGUUGACUACAUAGAGAAAGAAAGGUAUCUAACAGGAUUUCUUUUUCUUACUGGGGUUAAUUUCCUUCUGACACUGGUUGCUGCUGUUCUGUGUGUAUGUUUUGCACCUACAGCGGCUGGGCCUGGUAUUCCAGAAAUCAAAGCCUAUCUCAAUGGGGUAGACACACCCAACAUGUUUGGUGCUACAACUUUGAUUGUCAAGAUCAUUGGAAGCAUUGGAGCUGUCUCUGCAGGCCUAGAUCUAGGAAAAGAAGGGCCGUUGGUGCACAUCGGUGCCUGUAUUGCUUCCUUACUAGGCCAAGGUGGACCUGACAACUACCGAAUUAAAUGGCGCUGGCUCCGCUACUUCAACAAUGACCGGGAUCGCCGAGAUCUUAUCACCUGUGGUGCUUCUUCAGGUGUAUGUGCUGCUUUCCGAGCCCCAGUCGGAGGUGUCCUGUUUUCUCUUGAAGAGGUGGCAACAUGGUGGAGAAGUGCCCUCCUCUGGAGAACUUUCUUCAGCACAGCAGUUGUGGUUGUGGUGCUCAGGGCUUUCAUGGAAUACUGCAAAACUGGAAACUGCGGACUUUUUGGAAGAGGAGGUCUAAUCAUGUUUGAUGUGAGCGGUGUUACGGUUAGGUACCAUGUCAUGGACAUAAUCCCUGUAGCCACAAUUGGGAUCAGUGGUGGAGUUUUGGGAAGCCUCUACAACUACCUUCUCCACAAGGUCCUCAGAGUCUACAGUCUCAUAAAUGAGAAGGGAAGAAUACAUAAGCUCCUCCUCAGUCUCGCUGUCUCACUGUUCACUUCAGCCUGUCUAUAUGGACUCCCUUUUCUUGCCAGUUGCACACCCUGUGAUCCCUCACUUCCAGACUCUGCUUGCCCCACCACUGGACGGACUGGCAACUUCAAACAAUUUAACUGCCCAACUGGCUACUACAAUGACUUAGCUACCCUCCUUCUUACCACCAAUGAUGAUGCUGUCAAGAACAUCUUCUCCAUUAACACUCCCACAGAAUUCCAUAUUGUCUCACUCAUUAUAUUUUUUGCACUCUAUUGCAUCUUGGGACUCUUCACUUUUGGCAUUGCCGUCCCAUCUGGGCUCUUCCUCCCUAUCAUUCUCAUAGGCUCAGCUUAUGGCCGCAUGCUAGGACUUGCCAUGGGACCAUACACAAACAUUGAUCAAGGGCUCUAUGCGGUCCUUGGUGCCGCCUCCCUCAUGGCUGGUUCAAUGAGAAUGACGGUUUCACUAUGUGUCAUAUUUCUUGAACUCACCAACAACCUUCUCUUACUACCAAUGACAAUGCUCGUUCUUCUUAUUGCCAAAACUGUUGGAGACUGUUUCAAUCCAAGUAUUUAUGAAAUCAUACUAGAUAUGAAAGGGCUGCCGUUCUUGGAUGCACAUCCUGAGAUAUGGAUGAGAAAUAUUACAGUUGGUGAGCUUGCUGAUGCCAAGCCUGCAGUAGUUACCCUUCACGGAAUAGAAAAAGUGGCUCGCAUUGUGGAUGUCCUGAAAAAUACUACACACAAUGCUUUCCCCAUUGUAGAUGAUCCACAAGUGGGGGUUGCAAUUGGGGCAACAGAGCUGCAUGGAUCAAUCCUAAGAGCUCACCUUGUUUUAGUGCUGAAAAAGAAGUGGUUCCUGCAAGAGAGAAGGAGAACAGAGGAGUGGGAAGUAAGAGAGAAAUUCACCUGGGUCGAAUUGGCUGAAAGAGAAGGGAAGAUUGAGGAGGUAGCUGUGACAAAGGAUGAAAUGGAGAUGUAUGUUGAUUUGCAUCCACUAACAAAUAAAACCCCUUACACGGUGGUGGAGAGCAUGUCGGUGGCAAAGGCUAUGGUGCUCUUCAGGCAAGUGGCGCUUCGUCAUAUGCUCAUAUUGCCCCAAUACCAAGCAGCCGGGGCACCUCCAAUGGUGGGGAUUUUGACCAGGCAAGACUUGAGGGCCCACAACAUUUUGAGUGCUUUCCCUCAUCUGGCAAAAUCCAAGGGAAGAGAAAAGGGGAACUGAAUAUCUCUUAACCGACAGACCGGCAACUGUUGCUUUCUUGG